AUGAAGCAGAACCACUGUAAAAGAACUUUCCUUUUUAUCCAAUUUUUGAAAUCUUAUGAAGAUUAGGGUGUUUAUAAUUUAAAUUAAAUUUACUAUAAGAUGCCAAAGCAAUUUUUGAGAAGGUUUUGUUGUCAUGGUUGGGUUUAAGAAUUGAAAAUUUAAGAUAAAGACAUUCUAUAUCCAAGGAACUUCUUUGUUUAGCAAAAAUCAUUGAACCUUUAAAUAGAAAGGUGUGGGGGAUAUUAGCAUAAAAUUAUAGAGAGAACAAUAAGUAAACAGUGUUUAUAACGCUUGGAUUAAACAUACUUUAGUCAUUUAGGUUUAUUACUUGAAUUAACUGAAGAGAUGUUUAGUGUUAAGUUAGUCAGACUAUUUUGGGUGCAAGUUUAUGCUUCCAAAAUAUAGUUUUCUAAUAUUGAAAAGGUAUUAAAGAAUUUAGGUUAAGUGCAUUCAUUAUUAGGAAAAAAUGAAAUGCAAAACAAGACCAUCUUAAAUCAUAGAAUUAUUUUGGAAAGUGGAAAUGAGAUUGAAAGGAUAAAAUUUGAAAUCAAGUUAUUAUGUUAAUAAUACUAAUAUAAUCAAUAUUCCUCGUCUUCUUCCCAAAUCUCCUAUAAAAUUUAGACUAAAUUUUUGAGCUUGAUUUUCUUCUAGAAUGGCUAGUAAGGACCUUUGAUUUAACGAACAACGUCCUCAAUCUAUCUUCUUUCUUGA